CCUUCACGUGACAACCGGAUAUAUCGGGUAAAGCCAUACCCUUUGCUGACUCAUACAGUCUCUUUAGAGUUCUAUUAAAAGUGAAUUAAGUACACGCACGUUCAGUUCUAACACAAGUGGAAGAGACAGAGUCACCAUGCUCAUCAGGGAAUUUCGAGUCGUCAUGCCCCUUACUCUGGAGGAGUUCCAGGUGGGACAACUUUACUCUGUAGCGGAGGCAAGUAAAAACGAGACAGGUGGUGGUGAAGGAGUGGAGAUCAUAAAGAACGAGCCGUGCGAUCAUCCGGAACUCGGAAAGGGUCAAUUCACUCACAAGAUCUAUCAUCUAGCGAGCAAAGUGCCCAAAGUAAUUCGUGUAUUGGCCCCCAAAGGAGCUCUGGAGAUCCACGAAGAAGCCUGGAACUGCUACCCUUAUUGUAAAACUGUUAUUUCAAACCCCGACUAUAUGAAGGAUGGUUUUCACAUCACUAUCCUAACACUCCAUGCUGAGAAUGACAAGGGGGAGCAAGCUAACGUCCACAACCUGCCGAAAGCCAAGCUUGAUAAGAGAGACGUGGUUCAUGUGGACAUUGUCAACGAUCAUGUUUCUUCUUCAGACUACAAGCCAGAAUGGGAUCCUGCCAAGUUCCACUCUGAGAAGACGGGUCGUGGUCCACUGGGUUCGGACUGGAAGGAAACCACUCAGCCACUCAUGUGCGCCUACAAGCUGGUGGAAUGCGAGUUCAAGUGGUUUGGCCUUCAGAGCACAGUGGAGAGCAGAAUACAGAAGGUGUAUCCUCGUCUGUUUCGUAACUUCCACCGUCAGGUCUUCUGCUGGCUGGACCAGUGGCAUGGAAUGACAAUGGAUGACAUUCGCGAGUACGAGGCUCAAGCCAAGGCCGAACUGGACAGGGCUCGUACUGAAGGUGAGGUCAGGGGGACUAGUGAACAAUAACUAAAUAUUUAUGAUUGUAUUCGAUCAGUAGCUAUUUAAAUAUACUGUACCUUUUAAAACAAUUCUUGUUCAAUGUUUUGCUUGUUGAUAACUAACUACGACAUGUUAUUAUUAUUUAAAUAUUAUGCUUGUGCAAUGUUUCCUGAUGAACAGGUUUAGUUUUCUUUGAAA